GUCUGGAACCACUACAACUACUGAUGCAACAACAUCUUUUGAUUCCACAACCACCACUCUAAUGUCAAUCAGUGACGCAUCAACUACAACUCUGUCUGACACAACUACAACUACUGAUGCAAAAACAUCCUUUGAUUCCACAAGCACCCCGCUAAUGUCAACCACUGAUGCAUCAACCACAACUCUGUCUGGCACCACUACAACUACUGAUGCAACAACAUCUUUUGAUUCCACAACCACCACUCUAAUGUCAAUCAGUGACGCAUCAACUACAACUCUGUCUGACACAACUACAACUACUGAUGCAAAAACAUCCUUUGAUUCCACAAGCACCCCGCUAAUGUCAACCACUGAUGCAUCAACUACAACUCUGUCUGGCACCACUACAACUACUGAUGCAACAACAUCUUUUGAUUCCACAACCAGCACUCUAAUGUCAAUCACUGACACAUCAACUACAACUCAGUCUUACACAACUACAAAUACAGAUACAACUACAAUUUUUGCUUCCACAACCACAGCUGUGAAACUGACAACUAUAGGACCAGCAUCAACAUCUGAUGCAGCAUCAACAAGUAUGCCUGACAACACAACAACUAUUGAUACAACAAUAAUUUUGGCUUCCUCAUCUAGCAACCCGACACCCUCAACUACAGCAGCAGCGUCAACAACAACUGAUGCAGAAACAACAACUCUGUCUGACACCACUACAACUACUGAUGCUACAAGUUUGACUUCCAGAACCACACCUUCAGCAUCUACGACUGUAGCAACAACAUCAACAAAAAUAGACGAAUCAACUACAACUUUGUCUGAACCCACAACAGCAACUGAUGCAACCACAAUCUUGGCUUUCACAACCACACCUCUGACAUUGACAACUAUAGCACCAGUAUUAACAACUGAUACAGCACCAACAACUAUGCGUGACACCACAACAACUAUUGAUACAACAACAAUUUUGGCUUCCACAUCCAGCUGCCGCAACAUCCUCAACUACAGCAGCAGCAUCAACAACAGCUGA